ACAUUCUGAAUGUGUUUACAUUGGGUCAGCUAAAACGUUGCUGUCACCCACAAAAGGAUUUCCGUUUUGUUUUUACAGCACGGCAACAACCAAACACAAAGCUGCAGAGUCAGCAGACUUGCAGGCUUUGUAGCUUUGCCUCAUCCCAAAAAAAGCAAUCAAUGAAAAAUCUUUUGAGUUUAACCCGUUGGCUUCCAUUGACGUGGUUAGACAUCCCACCUGUUUAAACUCCCAGUUUAAAUAGAUGGGAAGUCCAAUUGUGACAACCUCAUUUAAAGAGUUUUUAAAAAAAAAAUUUUUUUAAAGCCACAUGAUUGGAUGCCUAUCAUUUUCAAUGGCACUGAAAGAGGAGUGAAUUCAAAUUUGGUCUUCAAAAUGAACAUGUUUUCCAGAGUUAAACAAAAACACAACUUUUUUAGUCCCUUUGAAUUUGAUAACAGUGAUAGAUGUACAGUAGUUUGGAAUUUAUCUCUGGGUGCAAAUAACUGCUUUGGUGGUAACAUUUGCUCAUCGUGAGAAGUCCUUGUUCUCAUCAGUCUGAUGCAUUCACAAGCCGAUUUAAUAAUGGACACUUUUGUCCAGCCUUACGCUUGUGUCGGGGCAGAUAAGAGAUUCUGGCAAUGGCCUUUGAACAGCCGAGCAUCAAUGACGAGUGCAACUGAUCUUUUAUUUGCCACUUUGCUUUGAAAGCAAGGUGGUUCUGCUGAUCAGUGGAAGCGCUGAUGUCUUUGAGCUGGGGCUUGUGAUCUUAUACUUUCACGGUGUGUCCAGUCUGAUGCAGGCUAUUGCUUACAUCUUAACCUGUCGCCAUUCCCGCCCACUUCCAUGCAUUUGCAUGGCAACCCUCUACUAGGCCAGCUGCCCUUAUCCUUUCUUCACACUGAAUUCUAAUUAUUACUUUCAAAGGAGACCGUUUCCAAAGUACCUUGAUCAAGUGUGCACACCGGAGGAGGAAGCACUCAUUCCCUCGCCUCUUCUGAGCACUUUGGUUCUGGAGGACUUCCAAGCAGGAACCCUCCACUACUCUGCAGAAAAAUAUCACAAAGACGGUAAGGAUUAUUUUUCUUUGGUGGGUUUAAUGGGGAUUGUGAUUCAAUUAGUUUUUCAAAAUUCGACUGAAACAGUGGCAAUUCCAAAUUUUAGUGCAUCUUAUCACAUACUUAAUUCAUUUUCAAAUUUCCCACACUGGCCUUUUGUAUAAAUGUUUAUCUGAAAUGUUGUUUACAAGACCCUAACUCAGUUAGCUAAAGAUAAUGGUUUCUUAAAUAUGCAGAAUUGUAAUUUAUACUGUUACACGGUAAUGAUUUAUUUUGCCCAAUUGUUGUUAAGAAACAGCUGUAUGGAAUAAAUUGACAGGUCCAUUUUCUUAGUUUUUUUAAAUGAGUGUUAAGCAAAAGAAUCACAAUAGUCCAAAUUUGUCAUGCUCACAUGUUUUCUCCAUACAAGGUAUGCACAAUGGCAGCACACACGCAUGCUGGAUAGUUUACGUACUACUACUAGGCUACUACAAAGACAGCGUGUUAUUUCACCUACAGUGUGUGUUGGAGUUUUUAUAUUGGAAAUAAAAGUGCAUGUGUAUUAUAAUGCAAAUCCCUGCAACUAGACGAACACAUUUGAAAACUAAAAGAGCCAACAUGUCUCGGUUUAACGCCCCCUUUUCACAACACUAAAAUGAAUUGCACAUGAAUAUCCAAUAGCGCUUUGCACAGCGGCAGUUCAACAGCAACCACAAACAAUAAUAUGGCUAUAAUGUAAGCAUGUCUUACCUAUUUAAAGGUAAAAAAGACAAUCAUUUUCAUUUUUGACCUCAAAUUGAUUUUUAGAAAAUAUUGCUGUUUUUGUAAAGAAAAAAUUGCUCAUUCGUUUUUGUGCCAUGUGAACACCUCCUCUGCCAACAGCAAGUUGUCAAGUGGUGUUAUUAACAAAAAAAAAAAAAAAACUUUUUCAACAUAUAUAUUUAAUCCCCAAAGUUAAAUACGCUAUUGUUUUAAUGUUUUUUUUUUGUUUUUUUUUUUCCUUCAAAUUUUUACCAAAACAGCUUUUUUCCUCCCAACACCAGGGAGUGCUGCAGCACCCUAAGCACCCCACUUUCUGCUCUACUGAAUGUCCUGGUCAGAAAUUGUGUUAAAGGGAGUUAUUUAAUGGACAUGUACACAGUAUACUAGCUGAAUAUGAUAUGUAAAGUGUCAAAAGACUAGUUGCAUGACAAAUAAUGAAAAUACCUCCUAGAAUAAUAACAAUCCUAAAUGACUUAAUUCAUUUCUUUCCCCCAUUUGUUUUGACAAAAGUUAAAUGUCUAUCAUCUUCACCCACACCCACACGCAAUAGAAAAUGGUCAAAGUUUAUGUAUUUAUCACAUGUCAGUGUUCUGUGAUGGGUUAAAAGUAGACUCUAGUACAUGUAAACACACAGCAUAAUUAAUUUCUUUCCAUAUCAACCUUGUCAUUGCGUCUCAGCUUUACAGGGAUACCAUGAGGUUAAUUCUGGUUAAACCCACCAAUGCAACACGGCGCCUCGACACAACAGGUCAAAUGUUCCGUGAUGAUGAUCAUGAUAGUAUCACCUCGAGACAUCCAUCGCACCUGACCAAACAAGCUGAGGGGAUGCAUGAAGAAUACUCAGAAACAGUAAGGGGAAUGACUACACCAACUCAGGAUAAAAAUCUUUGUUGUGCUCCUUCUGUGAUCCACGGAACUUCCAAUGGAGUCAUUCCAUCCCCGAAUGUUUCUCCUCUGAAGUCACAGCUUCAAAAAGAAGACAUGACGAUAUCACAGCUGAGGAAUCGGGAUUGGCUGUUUCUUCGUGGUCAAGUUAGCAGUGAAGAAGCUGCUUCUGGCUCCUCAACAGCUCAAAGACCAGGCACUGACAUGAGACAUCCAAACCGCAAUGACACAUGUGUUUGUUCCUGUCCUGAUGCACAGCAGCAACAUUCAGAAAUAUCAGCCUUUCAACCACUGUCAAAUCACACUUCACUUCAGAGUUGCCUUUUGCACAAAACAAGUCUUUCAAGUACAUCCAAGUCACACUUAUUCUCUCCAAGCGCACAACUUUCUGACAGUGGCCAGGUUUUUCCACACAAAACAAAUCAAAGGGAUGUCUUAAAAUUUGCAAACAAGCAUUCAAGUGGUAGUUUCACGGCUCAAUUUAGCACCCAAAAUGAACAAAAGCCUCUUUUCCAACAACAAACUUGCAAUCAUUUCACAGAUGCCAAUUCAAACUUCAACAUCCCUCUUUCCCCCGAUGAAUUUCCAGAGAAAUACAGGAAAACUUCCCGACAUUCUCAGCCUAUCGUGAGUAGUGAGCCCAACUGGGGAGAAAAGCUUCAGGAUCAUGACAAGCAACGCGCACGUUACUCUGUCAGCGAUGGUGAAUACUGGAAGUCUCGGGAAGAUCACCCUGUCAUCCUCAAAUGUGGCCAUCUCUCAUCCAACCAUGUGACCAGGACAUCCUGUUUCAAGAGGUCUUCUACACCAGCAAAUAACCAUAGUAUGCAGUCCUUUUCCACCAGCCAGUAUAGCUCACUUGACCAUCAAGACUUUCUAGAGGGAGCGACAAGGACACGAUACAGUCAGCAACUUAGUGAAUCCAAACUCUCGCCUCCAAAACAUGUCACCUCCCCAGAAGUCACAGGAGGUGGCCUCCUUGGCAACGGUGAUGCUGUGGGGUCACUCGUAAGCCGUGACACUGUGAGAUCCAGUUUGAUCGAUCUCCAACCAGGACAGCAGCUUCUUCACAGCACCCUCCUGGAGGACGCCUUCUCCAAAGUCCUUAGAGAGGAUACAAGUAAGGCUCAUUGUGACACCAGGGAGGAAGGUAAUAUCCCACAAAAGAAGGACAUCAGCUUCAGAUUGGGUCAGCGCAGAGCUCUUUUUGGGAAGCGCAAACAACUCAGUGAUUAUGCACUGGUCUGCGGGAUGUUUGGCAUUGUUGUCAUGGUUAUUGAGACUGAGCUUUCUAGAGGAUUUUACAGUAAGGAUUCGAUAUAUUCUUAUGUACUCAAAGGCCUUAUCAGCGUUUCUACGGCUAUUUUACUUGGUCUUAUUCUCAUGUACCACGCAAGGGAAAUCCAGAUUCUCGUGUGUGCCGUCCAUCCCAUCCCGGGACAGUAUGUGUUUAAUUGGACAACUCGACUGGCCUUCAGUUAUAACACAUUGGUGGCGGACGCUGAUGUCGACAUUAUCCUAUCCGUGCCUAUGUUUCUGCGCCUCUACCUGAUUGGCCGGGUCAUGCUCCUCCACAGCAAGCUCUUUACGGACACUUCGUCUCGCAGCAUCGGUGCCCUCAACAAGAUCAGCUUUGACACUCGUUUUGUUAUGAAGACUUUGAUGACUAUCUGUCCUGGUACUGUUCUAUUGGUGUUCAGUGUAUCCUGCUGGAUCAUCGCAGCAUGGACUGUGCGCAUAUGUGAGAGGUAUCAUGAUGCACAGGGGGUGACCAGCACCUUUCUUGGUGCAAUGUGGCUGAUCUCCAUUACUUUCCUGUCCAUUGGCUAUGGUGACAUGGUACCUCACACUUACUGCGGAAAAGGAGUGUGCCUGUUAACAGGAAUCAUGGGAGCAGGUUGUACAGCUUUGGUGGUCGCUGUGGUUGCAAGAAAGUCAGAACUCACCAGAGCCGAGAAGCACGUCCAUAACUUCAUGAUGGACACUCAGCUCUACAAAAAGGUAAAAAACACAGCAGCCAAUGUGCUGAGAGAGACAUGGCUGAUUUACAAACACACUAAGCUGGUGAAGAAAGUUGAUUAUGCGAGAGUACGCCACCAUCAACGUAAAUUUCUCCAAGCCAUCCAUCAACUGCGUAAAGUAAAAAUGGAGCAGAGGAAACUAACUGACCAGGCCAACACCAUUGCUGACCUUGCCAAGACUCAGAACAUGAUGUACGACUUGGUGUCGGAACUGCAGCAUCGAAAUGAGGAGCUGGACAGGAGGAUUGUAGCCCUUGAAGAAAAAUUGGACUCGAUGCUGCUCAACGUGCACUCACUUCCUGAUGUGCUUUCUCAAGCAAUAACUAAAAUACAAAAAGAUUUUCUCGAUGACCUUGCCUGCCGUGUGCACUUCCUGUCGUCUUCCCUGAGUUCUGAGUGUUGUUCUGUUCCAGCCAGGCCACUCUGUCAAGGUCCAACCUCAUCUCACACACCGUAUGGCUGAUAGGCCUCAACCUUUGGAACAAAAAAAGAAAUGUGCAAAAAGGACUGGUAAAUUUAGGAAAUUUUACAACAAAGUGCACAUUUUGACUUUAUUGAACUCAAAUUUCACCUUGAAAUUCCCCAUAAAUCCUUGAUGCCAAACCUGCGAAUAGAAAAAAAUGAGUUAUUUAUCCAUUUGUUUUGUUCCCAAAAGUCCAUUAUGACAAGAAAUUUAUGCUUCCACUACCCUAUGUGAACUUCAUUGUCUUUGUUUUGUAUUUGUGUUGACAAGGUAAAAUACAGUCCUCAACGUACAUAAAUAAAUACAACCCUUUUGAAAAGUUA